AAGCCCUCUCCCCUCAGCGCCCCGAGCCCUGUGUGCGCCGUGCACCGAGCCAGACAUGGGCGUGAGCGGAACAGGGAUCGAUUCGGGGCUGGAAGCGCUCGGAGAGCCCGCUGAGGGCUCCAGCCACGGGCGGUACUCCGGCGGCCUUUGUGCAUUGUGAGGCUUUCUAAGAAUUCGCGACCUGCCGAUGCUCGUCGAGCUAAUUCAACCCAUUCAGGCUGGUGUUACUGCGUUAUGCUUAGCAGCAAGAACCUUAAAUGAACCAGGUGAUUGUAAGGAAGCAGGAGGAGUACUGUAGCAGUGAUAUAAAAACGUUGUGCUCUCAUUUGCAAAAAAAAAAAAAAAAAGCAUUUGCUGGAAUCAUGCUGAUCCAAAGCAGGCAGGAAAAGUAAGGAAGGAGGGAGAAGGAAAGCACAUUUUCAGAUUUCCUGUACUUCCUUUUUCUGUGGAAAUAUGUAGCAUGCAACUAUUAUGAGUCAUGACAAUGCAAGAUCAUGAGGCAAAUAUUGGAGGAGAAGGGGCAGAAAAUUUUUCCUGUGGUGAUUUAUAGCUACCAAUAACCUUCCACAGCGGUUGCCUUAUCAACUUAUUAUUCUGGCAUCUUCUGCUCUUGUUAGUAAACAUAGAGCUAAGUACUCCUAAUCUCAAGAGAGAGACUUCGUACAGUAUGUUCUGUACAAAACUGAAAGACUUGAAGAUCACAGGAGAAUGUCCUUUCUCCUUACUGACUCAAGGUCACAUUACUGAGGAACAUGACAAGGACUGCACAGAAAACAGCUCUAGAGCAGCUUUGCCCAUCUGCAAAGAAGUCCAUGAAAAAGAUGGUCAAGGAAACCUUCCAAAAAGGAAAACGAGCAGAAGUAGAGUGUACCUGCACACACUAACUGAAAGCAUCUGCAAACUAAUCUUUCCUGAGUUUGAAAGGCUAAAUCUUGCACUGCAGAGAACACUUGCAAAACACAGAAUAAAAGAAACCAGAAAAACUGGUGAUAGAGAAGAUUUUGAAAAAAUAAUCAGUGAUCAUGCUACUACAGCAGGUGUUCCCGUGGAGUCUCUACGGGAAUCUCUUGGUGAAGAGCUAUUCAAAAUAUGCUAUGAAGAGGAUGAACACAUAUUAGGGGUUAUUGGAGGCACCCUUAAGGACUUCUUGAAUAGUUUCACUACUCUGCUGAAGCAGAGUAGCCACAGCCAAGAAGCAGGAAAAAAGGACAGACUUGAAGAUGCCUCCAUAUUAUGCCUGGAGAAAGAUCAGGACUUCUUAAAUGUUUAUUAUUUCUUUCCUAAGAAAAUCACAAGUCUUAUUCUACCUGGUAUCAUUAAAGCAGCAGCUCAUAUUUUAUAUGAAACUGAGGUAGAAGUGAUGCUCAUGCCUCCUUGUUUCCAUAAUGACUGCACUGAGUUUGCUAAUCAGCCUUAUUUGCUGUAUUCUAUACAAGUCAAAAGCACAAAACCUUCCUUAUCUCCAUGUAAACCACAGUCUUCACUUGUGAUUCCUGCCUCUGUGUUCUGUAAGACUUUCCCAUUUCAUUUUAUGUUUGACAAGGAUAUGUCAGUUCUUCAAAUUGGAAAUGGGAUAAGAAGACUUUUGACCAGGAGAGAAUUUCAAGCUAAGCCAAAUUUUGAAGAGUAUUUUGAAAUUCUUACCCCCAAAGUAAGCUGCACUUUUAGUGCAAUAAUGACCAUGCUAAAUAUGCAGUUUACUGUACGAGUUAGAAGAUGGGAUAAUACUGAUAUGAAACCAUCCAUGGUAAUGGAUCUUAAAGGCCAAAUGAUCUAUAUUUUUGAAUCCAGUGCCAUUCUAUUCUUGGGAUCUCCCUGUGUGGACAGACUAGAAGAUUUUACAGGACGUGGAUUGUACCUCUCUGAUAUUCCCAUUCACAAUGCUUUAAGAGAUGUUGUUCUGAUAGGAGAGCAGGCCAGAGCCCAGGAUGGACUGAAGAAGAGGUUAGGAAAGCUAAAAGCAACCCUUGAGCAGGCCCAUCAAGCACUUGAAGAGGAGAAGAAGAAGACUGUAGAUCUUCUGUUUUCAAUUUUUCCUGGAGAGGUUGCUCAGCAGCUGUGGCAGGGACAAGUUGUACAAGCCAAGAAAUUUAAUAAUGUCACAAUGCUGUUUUCUGACAUUGUUGGAUUCACUGCCAUCUGUUCCCAAUGCUCACCUAUGCAGGUUAUCACCAUGCUUAAUGAGCUUUAUACUCGCUUUGAUUACCAAUGUGGAGAGCUAGAUGUCUACAAGGUUGAGACUAUUGGAGAUGCCUACUGUGUUGCUGGAGGCUUGCACAAAGAAAGUGAAACACAUGCUGUUCAAAUAGCACUGAUGGCCCUGAAGAUGAUGGAACUGUCAGACGAGGUGGUGUCUCCCCAUGGAGAGCCUAUCAAGAUGCGCAUUGGCCUUCAUUCUGGAUCUGUCUUUGCUGGAGUUGUUGGGGUUAAAAUGCCUCGUUAUUGCCUUUUUGGAAAUAAUGUGACCCUUGCCAAUAAGUUUGAAUCUUGCAGUAUACCUAGAAAAAUAAAUGUCAGCCCAACAACUUACAGGUUGUUAAAGGAAUACCCAGGUUUUGUGUUCACACCACGCUCAAGAGAGGAGCUUCCACCAAAUUUUCCAAGUGAUAUCCCUGGAAUUUGCUAUUUUCUGGAUGCUUAUAUUCAAGGAACAAACUCACAGACUUGGUUUCAAAAGAGAGAUUUGGGAGAUGGCAAUGCCAAUUUUUUCGGUGAGGAAACAGGAAUAGACUAAAUUGUAUUCACAGAUGUAUAGAAUAAAUUUAUAAAUAUUUGGAUUUUUUUUUGGUACAAGUUGAAAAUUUUUAAAACUGUAUGAAACAUGAAAGCACUUUAGAUUGUUAACACCUGAAAGCCAGUAUUAAAAUUUCAGGAAGUAUGUUACUGACUACUUUUUAUUUCUCCUUUGCAUAAGGAACAUAAUCGCUAAAGUAAUGUUGCAAUGUCACUGUUGGAAAUGCUACUAUAAACUGUAUUUUCCCUGUGGUAAUUUGUAAGUGCUACAGUUCUCUCUAUACUGAGAAUUCUAGAUGUAUUGUAUAUGCAGUUUGUCAGGAAAUGCAAUGUGCAAGUGAUGCAGCCACAUGCAGUGUUGUGAGCUGGUGCUUAUCAAUGACUAUGAAAAUGUAUUUUCUUAGAGAUUCCAUAAGAAAAUGUCCAUUAAAAUAUUAAAGUAGGUCACUGCCAUCACAUACUCCUUCCAGUGCAUCAUUUGGGCCCCAUCCUAGAAGGCUGCUGACCAUCUUCUCACACUGGCUGGUCAAAGUAUGAGGGUGCUCAGCAUUUUCUGGAUCAGGCUGAUAAUUGUAGCUAAUACACAUGCAUAGCAGAGUUGCUGCUUACUGUUUCAUGAACUUUAUUUUGUGUAUAAAAUGAAUAUAGAUUAAAAUACUGUAUAAUCACAUACUAACAUCUCUGUAAUCAUCAAACUAUUUUAGUUCUUAGGGUUUUUAAAGUACUUAAAAAUAAUAAUAUCCACUUGUUAUUAUGUAUUACAGCAAUAAAUGUUUUCUUUUUGUUGUCAAUUAAAUUUGAAAUGUUUUAACAGAAGUGUAAUAAAAUAUGCUUUGGAAUGUUUGCUUAGAAAUGGAA